AUGCUGGGCCGACUCUUAAGCACAGCUGCUUCAAGCCUGAACCCUGCAGCAUUCAACCCACGAAACAAUGGCACCCCUCUCGAAUCAGUCACUGAGGAGGAACACACUUCCGGCCUUCUCUUUCCCGAUGCCAGCUUGCUCCGCCGUUCGAAUACCCACGCAUACCCCCUCCAGACCACAUUCCACUCCCCGAACGCUUCAACAGCUGGUGCUUACGAUGACCGUGGAGGAAUGGAACUAGAUGCCAUUAAGGACUUUCGAGUGGUUGUGGCACAGAACGCCCUAGGGGACCGUGACGCGUGUAUCCUACUAGACACUCGUGCGUCAGAUCCGUCACCCACCGGUCUCGGGAUCGACUCACAAGGUCUCGAUCAAACUGGCGGCAGGCAUUCCCGUGCUGUCUCCAGUCUCUCUCGUGGAUCUCGUCGGAACUUCCUCACCCAGUCCUCCGUCGUUGAAUCCAGCCCCCUCUCCUCGGCUGCAGAUGCACGUAGACCAACACCUGCGGGUCCUGGUGCUUUCUCACGAGCACGAGGUCGCAGUUCCACACUCGCUCAAACGGGAACACAACACGACCCCGGCACUUCGCGGCAUGGUGUGGACGCCAAUGAUACUGGUCUUCUCAAUUGCAUCUUCGGUAGCAGCGCAUUUAGCUACCGUGGAUCCUCUACAAAAAUGCACAUCAUCUCUGCUGAUGAUGACCCACCAAUAGGGGCAAGCAUGUCACCUGCAGCACGAAGCCCACUUGCUCGAGCCUACACUACUGGAAAUUCGGCAGAAUUUGGACCAGCCAAAGGGCCCGAUAAGCCACCUUCCAAAGUUACCGUUCUUGUGACUCGGAUGUUUAGCGUCAACCUUCCAGAAGGAGCCGAGGCAUCCGCUGAGCGUCAUGAUUAUGCCAGUGCCCUCUACCAAGAGUCUCUGCCAGAAAUGGGAUUUCCUUUCCCGGAUAUUGCAAAACGCAAGAAGAUAAAGGAGAAGAAAACUCCCAUGUAUGCUGUCGCUAUUACUAUCCAAAUUCCUCUAUUGGCACGGAAUGCACCACGACCUGUGUCGCGAUUCAGCACCCUUGCUCCUGACUCCCCUCGGCCAGGGCUGUCUAGCUCUUUGGACUCGGAUUACCGAUGGCCUGGUUUUCUAUUUGAUGAUAGUCUGUCAUCUGCGUCUCCUCCAGCGAGUUUGGAUGAGCGUUUGGACCUGUUGGUUGAUCAUUGGGAUGUCAUUACUCGAACGUUAUCUCACCUAGAGCGACUCGCGCGCAACGAAAUCCUGUUUUUAUUGCGGAAGGUUGACUCUAUGUCAGGGCCACAUCCAAAACCCGACAAGCCACCCAAUAUGCAACGGACUAAUCAAACCAUUGUCCAUCUGCCUGCCAACAUCUUGUCUGUGAAUUCCAAACUCAAGGAGGAGGCGAUACGCAGUAGCCGUCGCAUCAGCUUAGCCCUUCAGACCCCAUAUGUUGUAACUGGCCAAAGUCGCUGGGGCGUGUGGCGAGAGGAGGGUCGCUCAAUUGUUCGAGGCCUUGGCGACAAGGAGAGCAAUUUCUUCUUCCUGGUGCUGCUCACGGCAUUCCUGGGCAAUCAUACGGAGUGGCUUAAUUCUCUAGGCCCAGAAUGGUACCGCCGCCGGCACAGCCAACAGCAAAAGGCUCAACAAGACGUUGAUCCCGUUCUUGCCCACCGAACUGUCAUUAUUUGUCCGGACAAAAUGACUGCCCGCCGUCUCAUUUUCUUGCUCUCGGCCUUCCUACCGUCUAAGCAGCGCAUAGAACCGUUACCUUCCCCGCUUCGUCCUGGCACAUCGGCAUCAAUGCGCGCUGUUUCUCAAAGUCCACCUACUGUCCCCGUGCUGCGACAAGAAUCCCUGAGAAGAGCAAUUGAGCGACGUGCCCGUGCACAGCGGCUAUGUCCAGGCGACACUAGUCACCACCGGCGCUCGGUAAGCGCCUCAUCUCAAGACACACCUCAGCGAUUAUCUGAGGGCAUCGACCAGCCCCCUGUAGCCGAGUUCACACCCGCCCGUAGGGGAUCAGAUGCUCGGUCAAUGAAAACAUUGAGUGCAACCAUUCAGGCAAAGGACCCACGGCCCAGCGCUACCAGUGGCGCAACAACCUCUAUGACGACCCAGAAAAGCACAGUUCCUGUUCCACACUUCACAUCACAACAAAGUCGUGUAAGUCAGGGAGGACCUGACCGUGCUGCCGAUGCAAAUGAAAGCUUGGCUUCGGAGAAUCUGCUCAAGAACCUGCGAAGAAGUGACAGCUCGAAUUUGGGUUCUAAUGGUAGUGUUCCAGCUGGCGAAGGCCGCUGGGGUGGCUUAUUUUCUGGGCUAUGGAGCUCACGACAGGAGUCGUCAACUAAGGGUAGUGAUAUUUAUUCCCCGAUUGAUGCGCGAAAGCGAUCAGUUUCUACAAUAGCUGGCCCGCCCAUGCGUGCUCAGCCUACAUUGAACCAGAUGGUAAAGGAAGCUACAGAGGACAUUAUUGAGCAUCGUCCUGAUACCGCUCCUACGAGUGGGAAUAUUUCGAUUCCAGCUGCUGCUACCCACAGCGCUAAGGAUGAAUCCCCGGAACCAUCGUCGCUUACAAGCCAAGUCCGAGAAUCGCCUUUGAAGUUAUCAGUUCGGGCAGAAGAAGGGAUCGUAGAUGUCGAUCUCCCACUUCCUGGAUUCCUGUCACUCUCUUCUUCGGGUGAUUCUACCAUUGCCUCACCCAAAAAGACAAGAACUUCAAUCACAAGUUUCGAUGCCAUUCCGUCCACCCAUAGCAGCGGCUCCGGAUUUCAUAAUACUGCAAAGGAAAAUGAUGGUUCUAGUACACACGUUGCUGGAUGGCUCAAAUCUUUCCAUGAAGAUUUCUCCUUGCAAGCGGUACGGCCAUAUGCUACUCUAGAAGCAGACAUCAAACGUGCAAUGCAGGCUGAGCCUUCCCCAUAUAUACCCUCGACUCCUGAUGCGGAAGGAUCUGAGAGAUGGGUGGAUGUCGCAACAACCUUGAUCGCGGACACUCGAUCUUCCUCUAUUAAGCGCCUGCGAUUGAGACGCAAGAUCAUCGUGGGCCAACAUUAUGGGCCAAAUCAUACCCCUCCUUCCCCGGCUGUUGGGCACACUCGUAACUCCACAGCCUCCUCUACAUCAUUCUCCGGCUUCUUUUCCGGGUAUGCCAAAUCCCCAGAAACCGCCGUUCUCGAAGGACGCGACCCCCAAUACGUGGACGAGCGAUUCAUUGAAGAGCCUGUCAUGGACCUUGAUGGUAUUCUCGUCGAUGCUGUUGAGCGGGUCCUUGGUCAAAGUGGGUAUUCGUCGCUUGCUCACUCUCGGGCCCCAUCUCCAACACGUGCACGCAGAGCCGAAGACAAAGGUCAAACGACCCCUCGUGCUGAAGAUCCUCUAGCUGAAGUUCCCCGCACUGAGUGUCGUAAGAUGGUUCUUGGUGCUCUUGAAGAGGUUGUCCGUCUUGUCACUGCUGAACACUGCCGAGAAGAUGUGGACGGUGAGUUGGGGCUAGCGGAUCGAGAGCGAAGAAGAGCCAUGGCAGGUGCCGAUAACACCUUACGUGAGGGCAUCCGGAAAUGGCUUCUUGAGGUUGAAGAAUCCUGGUAG